ACUGGCCGAGCACGCCGCCCCGCGGGCACGGGGGGGACUCUUUUCCCCUCCCGGCGGAGGGCGACGGCGCGCGACAGCGUGAGCGCACUCGCACGGCGCCCGUUACGCUGCUGCGCGUGCGCGCGGGGCCCGGCCGGCCGCUUCCUCCCGUCUGGCUUCCUCCCGCCCCGCCGUAUCCGUGCGCCGAGCUGAUAAAGGCGCCAUUUUGGAGGGGCCGCGGGAGACGUGGUGUCGCUGCGGGCUCGCUCUGCCGUGCGCGAGGCUUGGUGGGAAGGCCUGCUCUCGAGUCCGCGCUUUUCGUCGCCGCCAUGUCGGGAGGUGGUGUGAUCCGUGGGCCGGCCGGGAACAACGACUGCCGCAUCUACGUGGGGAACCUACCUCCAGACAUCCGAACCAAGGACAUCGAGGACGUGUUCUACAAGUACGGGGCCAUCCGCGACAUCGAUCUCAAGAACCGCCGCGGAGGACCGCCCUUCGCCUUCGUUGAGUUCGAGGACCCGCGAGACGCGGAGGACGCGGUGUACGGGCGCGACGGCUACGAUUACGACGGAUACCGCCUGCGAGUGGAGUUUCCUCGAAGUGGCCGCGGUACAGGCCGAGGCGGCGGCGGGGGUGGAGGGGGUGGAGCUCCCCGAGGCCGCUACGGCCCCCCGUCCCGGCGAUCGGAAAACAGAGUGGUUGUCUCCGGACUGCCUCCAAGUGGAAGCUGGCAGGAUUUGAAGGAUCACAUGCGUGAAGCAGGUGAUGUAUGUUAUGCUGAUGUUUACCGAGAUGGCACUGGUGUCGUGGAGUUUGUACGGAAAGAAGAUAUGACCUAUGCAGUUCGAAAAUUGGAUAACACUAAGUUUAGAUCCCACGAGGGAGAAACUGCCUACAUCCGGGUUAAAGUUGAUGGGCCCAGAAGUCCAAGUUAUGGAAGAUCUCGAUCUCGAAGCCGUAGUCGUAGCAGAAGCCGUAGCAGAAGCAACAGCAGGAGUCGCAGUUACUCCCCAAGGAGAAGCAGAGGAUCACCACGCUAUUCUCCCCGUCAUAGCAGAUCACGCUCUCGUACAUAAGAUGAUUGGUGACACUUUUUGUAGAACCCAUGUUGUAUACAGUUUUCCUUUACUCAGUACAAUCUUUUCAUUUUUUAAUUCAAACUGUUUUGUUCAGAAUGGGUUAAAGUGUUGAAUUGCAUUCUUGUGUAAUAUCCCCUUGCUCCUAACAUCUACAUUCCCCUCAUGUCUGAUAAAUUGUAUUUUAAGUGAUGUCAUAGACAGGAUUGUUUAAAUUUAGUUAACUCUCCAUGCUCUUCAGACUGUGAUUUUGUGUAAAUGUCUAUUCUGCUCUGGUUUGUGUGAAAUGGGAUGUUGGGGGUGUUUGUGAUUAUCUUACCUGGGGAAGUUCUUAUGUUUAUCUUGCUUUUCAUGUGUCUUUCUGUAGACAUAUCUGAAGAGAUGGAUUAAGAAUGCUUUGGAUUAAGGAUUGUGGAGCACAUUUCAAUCAUUUUAGGAUUGUCAAAAGGAGGAUUGAGGAGGAUCAGAUCAAUAAUGGAGGCAAUGGUAUGACUCCAAGUGCUAUUGUCACAGAUGAAAUUGGCAGUAUUGACCUUAUACUAAGAGUUAAGGGUUUUAAAAAUGAUAUACAUCUACCUUAAACACUUGCAAACAUUUUUAUGCAGUUUAUCUUUAGCUACAAUUGCUUUACUCUUUAAACCUUGGCAAUUGUAGCAAAAUUGCAUUGCCCAUUUUGUAACAAUUUUAUCUUUCUCCCUUACUGCACCCUUUUUGUUAUAAUAGGGACUAAUGUGGGAAGAACUGGCUUAAUUUGUCAAUAGUGUUUAGUUACAACUGUUAAUGUGUGACCUGCUGUUGGUGUACAUGUGGGUACAGGGUGUGUUUAAUUCCAACAAGAUAGAGUAUAAUAUCAAUACUGCUAAAUCUGCAUGUCCUCUGUGUGACUGAUAUAGCGUUGCUAUUUCAUUUUUUUAAGACAAAAUGAAAGCAAAUUAUAGAAUUCCAACGUAUUGGUGUAGAUAAUCUAGUUGGGAAUACUUUUAAGUCUCACCUUCCCCUUUAAACUAAUAUUCAUAAUUGACUCAUGUUUAAAACACUUUAAUUUACAAAUUAAAUUGCAGAUGGGAGCUUUAGAUCUAGUUUAGUCUUAGGUGGGUAGCAAUACCAGUAAACUUUUCAACUACAUAACUUUUUGCAACCACAAAACCUGUAAUAACGCUGUACAGUAACAAGUGUUGGCAUUAUCAGUUGAACUGUAAAUAUAAGAUGCUUCUUCCAAUUAGUCUCUAUGAUAAAGAUUAAGUUUCUAAAAUUUAUCUGAACACCAUUCAGAAACUUGUUUUGGGGAAUUUGAUAGUUAUUGAUGUACAUCUGUUAAACUGAUGACAGACAUAACUCAUCAUUCCCCAGAAACCUUUUUUGAUUACAGUAUCUAACAUUUUGCCUCCUCUUUUUUGGUUUUGCUGGUUAUAAAGGUUUGGAUUGGAGAGGGCUCACUGGAUCCCAAUCCUUGGAGCUGGAUCAUUGGAUUCAAAUCAUAAUGUGGAUAGGAUAGGGAGGAUGAAUUACAAGGAUUCAUGGAGCGGGAUCAGAUUACCAGGAACAUAGGAGUGGAUUCCUGCCCCAACCAAACCGCAUUCGUGUGGAUUUUUUUGUUUUUGUUUUUUGUUUUUUAUUCAACUCAAUUGGCUAUUCCAAAGAUCAUUUUUUCCUAUUUUUGACGAUUGGAGCCCUUAAGAUGCACGAUGGAAUUGUGUUUUGCGUUUUUUGGUAAAAGGAGCAAAGCGAGGACCUGGAGAUAAUACAAUACGCUGGAGCAAUCUCCUUGGAAGGAUUCAGCACGAGUAGAUGGUAAACAUUUAAAGGGGAAAGGGGGGUUUGUUUAAAAUAGUAAAUCAGUAAGUCAUUUCUCUAAAUUUAAAGAAAAAAAUUGGAGUUGAAGAAUAAGUAGGUUUCCAAUUGGCUGUUGCCAUUUUUCUUUGAAAAAAUAAACGUUUUUUAAAAAACUAUGCAUGGUUGUCCUUUUUCCUCUUCAUGUAAGAUUUUAAUUGGGUGAUAGUAUAUUAGUUAAUAUCUUAAAUUGCUAAGAUUCUGACAUUUCAUACAUUUAGUAAUCAAAGGUUUUUAAGAGGUUAUCUUAGUAAUCAUAUUAGUUCUCCUUGUGAACUGUUAGAAAAAUUUUCGGGCAAGAUAAAAGGUGAGAAUAGAUACUUUGAAAUAUGGUAAGUGGAGUGAGGGGGUUAUGGUCUGAAAGACGAGCUUCACAAUUAAAAAACAGGCAUUCCCUAUAUUUGGUGAUCAUUAGAGAUCCACACUUUGUCCCAAUUGGGUGUGAUGGUUAGUAAAUUAAUGUUGGAGCUAGUUCAUGAAAGUCAUCUCAAAAGUUGUAUUUAAGUGUAAAAUUCACAGGUUAGAACUUUCAGUGCAUUAUGUAUUUUUAUCAAAUUAUAAUGCACUAGGUCAACUGCUGUCUGAUGAUCAUUGCUAAUAAACAGGCAUUAGAAUUUUGCCUUACAACCCCGUCUUAACCGUAAAGUUUAUAUUAUAUCUGAGAUACCAAAAUACAUUGAUUAUAUUUUGUAGUUAGUAGUAAUCUCUUUGUGACAUUCUUGGUGCUAAAUUUUAAAUGAGUUGGGGGCAGGGAUUUUUACUUAGUUUUCUUUUGAUUACUUGAUAAUCACAACCAUCAUGCCACUCUGCUGCACCCCAAAUAAAUCUUUGUUUCCCUUGGGUGCUAUUCAUACCUAGAAACUGAGCUUAUUCAGAUGAUAAUUAUAAAUAAACUAGCAAUCCUGGUAGUGGAGGAAAUGGGCUCCUAGAGAGCUGCAUAGGUGCUCAGCCAGUACUUUUAAAUGGGUCUUGAAUAUCAGGAAGAUAAGGAAUACUAAGUUCAAAAUAUUAAAUUCUAAGAGUAUUUAAGUAAAAGCACUUGCUAUAGAUUUUGUUGAGUCUAGUUUUUUCCAUAAGAAAAAAGUUUUUUUAGGAACAGUUUUGUUUUAAGAUGUGCAGAGUAUUUUUUAGAUACUAUUUUUAAAUGGCCUUCUGGACAAGUUGAUGUGAGCUAGACUUAGAUUGGGUUCAUUUGUGUACAUUGAAAGUUGAGAAUAUAGUCCCAGAAUAAAUUGUCUUAAACUCAAGGUUGUUGAAGCUCAGAUUCGCCCUGUUAAGUUUUGGCAGUUGGGCUGAAGAGACUACAGUGGGUUGGGUGCUGCCUUGCAAGCAGCUGACCUGGGUUUGAUUCCUGCAUCCCAUAUGGUCCCCUGAGCACAGCCAGGAGUAAUUCCUGAAUGCAGAGCCAGGAGUAACCCCUGAGCACUGCUGGAUAUGGCCCCCCAAAAGUUCUAGUAGUUAACCUCAACUUUAGUGAGAAUAUGUCACAUAUAGAAAUAAGUUUGUGUAUAAACUUCCUUAAGCUCAAGGAGGCACAGAUUUGGUAAAGACCAAGCAGUUUAAAGCUAUGAAGGGUAAUACAAUGCAAACUGAUUUUUAGUCUUAGGAAAUGAACCUUACACGUUCAUAUUGGCAGUUACAAGAAACCCAUACUCUGGAAUUAGAAGUCUGGCUUAUUCUUAAUUCCCUCUUUCAGAGUAUUGUAGGGAGCCAAUAGUUUAUUUCUAACCAAGCAAAAGCUUUAGUCUUUAAGAAGCAAUUUUUCAUAACAUCAAAUUGAAUAACCCAUCUUGCUGUUCAGCCCACAUCAUUCUGGAAAUAAAAGGUAAGAAAUUCAUUUUGAUAUCCUAAAUGUUUGGGAUGUGAUUCUUUCUAAAAGCUGAAUAUUUUUAAAAGAAUGCUGUUGGAAUAUGAACAGAUUAUCCUCUUAAAAUGUUUGUUUCCUAUUUUUAGUUCAUUUAUCCACCCAUUGUGCUUUAGUAUGAUAAUUGAAUUUUCUCACUGUCUUUGAAGCAUUAUCUUGCUUGUUUGGGCUGACGUUCCAAGUUUCUGUGAUGAUAGAUUUCUUAUGUACCUACCUUUUUGCUUUGUAUAUGAAGUUGUAAUGAUAUAAGUUGUAUGUAUUUACCAUAAAUAGUAUUAAAAGGAAAUUAUUAGACUGAA